AAAAAAACAAGUUUGAAUAGAUAAUGGAAGAUUUGAAGUUACUUAGUGUAUGGUAUAGCCCUUAUGGCUGCAGAAUUAAAUGUGCUCUGCAACUGAAAGGAUUAGAUUAUGAAUACAUAGAGGAAGAUCUUUCAAACAAGAGCGAUUUACUCCUUCAAUACAACCCAGUUCAUAAGAAAGUUCCUGUUCUUGUUCAUGGUGGAAAUCCCGUUGUUGAAUCGUUGAUCAUACUGGAAUACAUCGAUGAGACAUGGCCAGAAAAAUACCCAAUACUCCCUAAAGAUCCUUAUGAACGAUCUAAAGCUCGUUUCUGGGCCAAAUUUAUGGAAGACAAGGAAUUAAUUUUUUGGGGUUUAGUUCAAGCUACUGUGGAAACGAAAGAGGAAAAAAUCAACGAAAUCAUGGGAAUGCUGAAAACCAUUGAAGAACAAGGACUGGGAGACAGGAAAUUUUUCGGCGGAGAUGAUAUCGGAUUCGUGGACUUGGCAUUUGGAACCUUCUUCCGGUGGUUCAAAGCAGUUGAAGAGCUGAAAGGAAUUAAGAUAUUUGAAACUUGUACCCGUUUGCAGACGUGGUUCGAAAGGUUCAAUGAAGUGGCUGUAGUGAAAGAAAACUUACCAAGUGUGGAUGAAUUGGUCGCUCACUACAAACCUCUAUUUUUGGCUAAAUAUGGCUAGAGUUGUUGUAUUUAUCACUCACUUAGCUUGAAAUUUAAUCUAAGAAAUUUGUAUUGUAUCUUCUCAGUUAUUGUAACGUACUACUUCCUUUCCACUUUAGACGAUGUUUUUGGAGUUUUCACG